GUGCCGGUUGCAGAGGGGUUUGGAGCUUGGCGACAGCCGCGGGCAGCCGUGAUCGCAACCGAGCUCAGCUCGUCGCCACCAUGGAAGGCGAGUCCGAGCCUGUCACGCUGCUGGUGAAGAGUCCCAACCAGCGCCACCGCGACCUGGAGCUGAGCAGCGACCGCAGCUGGAACGUGGGCCGCCUCAAGGCCCAUCUGAGCCUUGUCUACCCCGAGCGCCCGCGUCCAGAGGACCAGAGGCUGAUUUAUUCUGGGAAACUCUUGUUGGAUCAUCAGUGUCUCAGAGACUUGCUUCCCAAGAAUGAGAAGCGGCAUGUCAUGCAUCUGGUGUGCAGUGUGAAGAAUCCCCCCAAAGUGCCCGAGACCAGCACAAAGGUUGCUGAGUCCAAAGAACAGCCUGCAGGUGACCGUGGUCAGGGACAGCAGCCUGCAGAGUCCUCCAGGGAUGGUUUAAGGCAGAGAGAGAGUCCUCAGGUCCCUCCCCCCUCCAGACCGGAGAGUAUCUCCCGGCCUGAAGCUGUUCAGCAACCGUACCAAGGCCUGGGGCCAGGCUUCUCAAACUACACGACCUAUGGGUGGCUGCAGCUGUCCUGGUUCCAGCAGAUGUACGCACGGCAAUACUACAUGCAAUAUUUAGCAGCUACUGCAGCAUCGGGGGCUUUUAUCCCCCCUUCAAGUGGACAAGAAAUACCUGUGGUCUCUACACCUGCUCCAGCCCCCAUUCACAACCAGUUUCCAGCUGAAAACCAGCCAGCCAAUCAGAAUGCUGCUCCUCAAGUGGUAGUUAAUCCAGGGGCCAACCAGAAUUUGCGAAUGAAUGCCCAAGGUGGGCCUAUUGUGGAAGAAGAUGAUGAGAUCAACCGGGAUUGGUUGGAUUGGACCUAUUCAGCUGCCACCUUCUCCGUUUUUCUCAGCAUCCUCUACUUCUACUCCUCCCUGAGCCGAUUCCUCAUGGUGAUGGGCGCCACCGUUGUUAUGUACCUGCAUCACGUGGGCUGGUUCCCGUUUAGACAGAGGCCGCUUCAGAACUUCCCGAAUGAUGGUCCUCUUCAGGAAGCUAUAAACCAGGACCCCAAUAAUAACUUACAGGAAGGUCCUGAUCCAGAGAUGGAAGACCACAACCUCCUCCCUGCAGGUGGGGAUGCUCCAGAGAACGAGCAGACCAGCCCUUCAUUUAUAAGCACCGCCUGGCUCGUCUUCAAGACCUUCUUCUCCUCCCUGCUUCCAGAAGGACCCCCUGCCAUAGCCAAUUGACAGCAUUAACUCUCUCAGCUGGAGACUGACAGGCACAGACUGGCCCCAUGACACCCCUGUCAAAUCUUCUCACUGGACGUGGCAAUGGCUGAAUCGGAACCAACAAGGAGCAGAAGAUGCUUUGGUGAUUACAGAAAUGCAUAAAGAUAGGCGGGAAGCCAUGAGACAGAUUAAUGAGUAAAAAUGCCCCAGGCUUCUCAUGUCUUCAUUCUGAAGAGCUUUAAUAUAUACUGUGUCUCGUUACAUAGACAUUGUCCAUAGAAGGCAUUUCUAUUGCACGUGUAUACCUGAGGAGCUUUUCCAGAUGUGUGUGUCUGCAUGCUUGUUUGUUUGUACAUAGACGUCAUAGAGGCAGAAACAGUUCUGCUGGUACGAUUUGAUUCCUGUUGGAAUGUUAAGAUUACACUAAGUGUAUUACUUUAUAUAAUCAACGAAAUUGCUAGAUGUGUUUUAGCAGGACUUUUCCUAGGAAAGACGUAAUGUAUAAUUGCUCUUUGAAACGCAGUGCUUUCCUUUAAGGAGGACUUGGCAGAGGUGAAAACCUUUGCUGGUUUUCUGUUCAAUAAAGUUUUAUUGAGUCACCCUGGCACCAGUGACUCAUGUCACCUUAGCAGGAUACUCCAGGUAUUUGUAAGUAACCUACUGUUUCACUUUCUUUCUUUUCUUUUUUUGUAAAAAGGACUGUUUGUAUUAAUAAUGAUAGGUAAGGCCACAGGUAUUUUUGUUUACUAAGUAUAUAUUGUGUUUGUGUGUGCCCCCAUUUCCUGGUUUAAAACAGUACUGCCUUAUAAAUAACCCUUCAAGGCCAAGUCCCCAAAAUUUAAAAUAGUGGCGCUGUAGCCAUUCUGUAAUAGUUUCACCUGCUCAGAUGUCAUACUUUUAUAAGUUGAGCUUUUGUGAUUUUGAUUCUUUAUUAGGACUAAUAAAGAAAAAGAAAUUUUUUU